AUGUCUCAUUCAGGUGCUGCUGUCUUCAAAAAGGUAUCUGGUAUCUUAGCCAUCAAUGAGGAAGUCUCCCCAGUGGAAAUUGUCUGGAGGUCUACCGAUGGAGACAAAACGCACAAGAUAGCGCUGGACACCAUCGACAAGCUGCAAGCGACACCCAACACAAGUGAAAAGAUGAUGUUGCGGCUAGUAGGUAAAUCGGAGACAACCAAAAAAGUCAAAGAUAACGAGAGCAAUGACGUUAAACCUGCUCCGCCAAGUCAUGUCUUUUCGUUCAACAACAGAACGGUCAUGGACAACAUUAAGGAAACCUUGCAGACAAUUAUAGCACGUUACAAGGACGAAGAGAUUUACGAGGAGAAAAAACGUAAAGAAUCAAGCAUGGGGCCUGCACUUUCGGAAACAGCUCCUUUAAUCAACACUUCCACACUAGACGAUUCGCUUUCUCGUGAGAAGUUGCUCACCAACUUGAAACUGCAACAGUCGCUUCUGCGAGAAAAUAAAAAGCUUAUGAAAGUGUUUCAGGAGACUGUAAUAAAUUCGGGGCUCCCUCCCCAUGAAUUUUGGUCUACAAGAGUACCGCUGCUUCGAGCUUUUGCGCUUACAACGUCACAAAGAACUGGCCCUUAUAACGUUCUGUCUACAAUUAAGCCCGUGGCAUCGUCAGACAACAAAGUUAAUGUCAGCGUUUCCCGUGAAAAGAUAUUAACGAUUUUCCAAACCUACCCCAUUGUCAAGAAGGCUUAUGACGAUAAUGUGCCCAAGAAUUUUAGAGAGCAAGAAUUUUGGGCGCGCUUCUUCUCAUCCAAAUUGUUUCGUAAACUUAGAGGAGAGCGAAUUAUGCAAAACGAUCGAGGUGACAUGAUUAUCGAUAGAUACUUGACUUUGGACCAGGAGUUCGACAGAAAGGACGACGAGCUGUUACUUCAUCCUGUCAAGAAGCUCAUUGACUUAGAAGGAAACAUUCAAGACGAUCCUCAGCGACGCGGAAAUCGACCUGAUUUUACCAUGAUUCCUGGAAUAGAUGAAAACGGAAGUAGCGAUGGUGUGAUUGAUAUUCUCAAGGGUAUGAAUAGACUGAGUGAAAAAAUGAUCAAGUCGCUAGAAAAUGAGUAUUCGAGAUCUCAUUUAUCGGCCGAUGAUUUGGAUAGAGAGGAGCGCGAUGAGCUUGCAUAUAGCGAUUUAGAGGACGACGAGGUUGCGUCUUACACCGAAUUGCAUUUAAAGAGAAGAAUCAUGAUCGAAAGAAAGACAAACUUGGCCCAAAACGUCGAUUCCAAUAAAGCCAAUGGGAAAGUCAACGACGAGGAUGUCAAAAAAGGUAUUGACACGUUAGUAAAUGGCCUUAUGAACCAUAUCGAAUUGAGUAAGGUGACCACAGAUGGUAAUGCGAACAGCGUAGCCAAUUCAAAAAUCGUCAAGGCAGUGAAAACCAAUGCAAAACAGGUGCGGAAUACUAACGAGAGUGUUUUUAUCGGGGGACAUUCUGGAACCAAGGUGCUCGACAACUCAGAAGAACCCAAAACCCCGCUCCCUCCCGAUCUUUUGGAAAGUUGCCGAGCUCUACAUGGAACUUGUUGCGAGUUUGUCAAACAUUUCUACAUUCAUUUUCAAAGCGGUGAACCACGACAGGCUGGGACAGUACGGAAGCUAUACAACUAUCUUAUCAAGUGUACGGAAAAGAUCUCUGACCUUUUAUCGAAGGUGGAAACAGAAGACGGUGGCAAACACGACGCUUUAGUUUCCACUUGCGAUGCUCUUCUCAAACCCGUGCUGGGCUCACUGCAUCUUGCUAAACAAAAAUAUGAGAACGCUCUUCUAGAGGCCGGAUCUCCAGCAGUAAUUGACGUUCGAUAA